AUGAUCGCCCCAGAGAUUCCUGAUCAAGAAGAGGCACCUGGCACCGCCCAAGAGCAGAAGGUAGAAGACAAUGCAGAGCAUGGGCGGGAGCUCAGGACUGGCCUAGGAACAGCUGCAGCAUCUCCCGUCCAGCUGGAUGAUGAGGCGGCUGCUCCUGCAAAGACACCGACUGGACCGAAUGCCGCUUUGUUACCAUUCAUAAAUGCUUCAAAGGCUGCUGCAAAAAGACAGCGAGCGCUUGAGAAGGGCUCUGUCAUCGGCAAAGACACAGCAUUUCUGAAGUUGCAGGAGGCUCACGACAAGCUGCUGGAGAAGUACAACGCCCUCAAGGUGAAGUGA